AUGGAAAGUUGCAGAAGGGGAGAAAGCAAACAUAUGCAUUUCCUAAAUAAUGUCAAUUCGAAAAAAAAAUUAAAUAUCGUAGAAAAAAAAGGCAUACUAGAGAAAGUGCACAUACUGCCCAUAAAAAAAAAAGGCGAAAAUGCAGAUGCUCUUUAUAGGAAACUACAGUUGUUGAUAAAUGAAAAAUGCGUCCUGUAUGAGGGGUUCAUAAUUGCCGCAAAUGGAGAAAAGGAAAAGGUGCUCCGGGAGAAAAACACACAGAAAAAUCUGAAGGAAGGACUAACACAUGACAAGGAGGGCCCCAAUGAAAAUGAGAACAACACAACAAGCACAAACCUGCUAGAAGAAUUAUGUAACGCCAAAGAGGGACCUUGCCCAAAUGAAGACUCAUGUGAAGUUGCGCAUAGGAAAGAAUCGAACAGUCACACACACAAAAAAAAUUCUAAUCAAAAGGACAGUAAAAACACACCCAAUAAUGACCAAAUUUGCUUGCACGACAAGUGCAACAAAGAAAAAUCAACAGACGAAACUUCCCACUUAAAAGAGAAAACAGACUACUAUGUUGUUGUGAAUUGCAUACCGUCCAAGGGUGUACUCACUCGGGACACCCUAAUCUACACGGAUGGAAAAUACGUGGACAAUUUAAAAAAAAUUCAUCUCAUAAUAAUACGAGAUAAAUACUAUAAGAAAUAUGAAAAAAAAUUGAAAAAAAAAUUUUUUUCUUUAAAAAAAUAUAUACUUAAAAAAGGCAAUCAAUUUUUUAAUGAAGCCAUGUCCCUCAUUCCGUUUUCCUUUGACCACUUUUCGAGUAAGUGCAAUGCAGAAAAGGGAAAGAGCAAUAGCACCUUCGGUGGAAAAAAAGGGGACACUGUCACGCCCCAGCGUACCACCAUCAAGAGAAGAAGUCUCGUCUUGGAAAAAAUCCUUCUUACCUGUCUGCAUCCAUAUUUCAAGAAAAACAGGACUAAGUUAUUCUACUCUGGCAAGCUACUCAUUAUAAAUAAUUUUUCUUUCCUCGUUGUGAAGAUAGAUGCGGACGUGAAUGUGGGUUUCGUGGAUAACUCUACGGAGAUUUGCUUAAACGCAGACACGUACGACCCGUUCAGAAACGUGCACAUAGUACCCCUGUAUGACACACUACCGACAACCUACAACUAUGAUAUCUUCGCAGAUUACAUCAAGCCCUACAUAGAGAGGCAUUACUUAAGUUUGUUUUCCAUGCACGAUACUUUUUUUUACAAAGGAGUGCAAUUUAAAAUUAUGGGAAUCGACCCAAUGAACAUAAAAUAUGGAAGAGGAAGAAUUACCUGCAACACAUUUAUAUACACCGAUGGGGCAAUCAAGCCAACUUUCUUCGACGUUAUUUCAAAUGAAUCCAUAAAUUAUAUCCAGUGCUUACCAGUAGAAUACAAACCAUAUGCCGUUUUGAACAUACUACAACAGUUAGAUGCAGACUCUUUGUUGCGGCUGUUUCCAUCAACUAACGCAAACCUGCAGGAGAGUGCCCUCAACGAACAACGCAUUCUAAGCCAUUUGGAUAAGUAUAAAUACAUAUAUAGGAACAACACACGGGAGGAUAGCCAAGGUGGGAAGAUGCUCCUAGACGUAGAUGUGGAAGAACACAUAGAUGCAAAAAAUAAAAGUGGCAACUUUGCAUAUGAACAGUGUGCCGUCUGCUUCGAAUAUUUUCAGAACUACGACAAGUGCAUCAAGUUGGCUUGUCUGCACACCUACCACUGGAAGUGCGUCAAGAGCUGGUUUAGGUUUAACCUCACUUGUCCCUGUUGCCGCCGAGAAUUGAUCAUUUAG